CAGAUGGCAGACUGUGUGUCUAAAGUGGAGCUGACCGUCUCCUGUACGAACCUACUGGACAAAGAUGUAGGAUCCAAGUCGGAUCCUUUAUGUGUACUGCUGCAGCGUUCUGGAAAAGAUGGCUGGACUGAGCUGGGCCGCACCGAGCAUCUCCAGAACACCUCCAGCCCGUCUUUCAGCCAGCGCCUGCGCCUGGACUACCACUUCGAGACGGUACAGAACCUGAAAUUGGGUGUCUACGACAUCGACAACGCAUCCAAGGACCUCGGCGACGACGACUACCUGGGAGGUGUGGAGAUCACCUUGGGACAGAUUGUUUCCAGUAAAACUUUGACCAGACCUCUGCAGCUGAAGAAAGGAAAACCUGCCGGCAAAGGAAGCAUUACUAUCACCGCAGAGGAGAUUAAGGACAACAGAUUGAUUGAGUUGGAGCUGGAGGCCAAAAAUCUGGACAAAAAGGACACCUUUGGGAAGUCUGAUCCUUUCCUGGAGUUCUUCAAAAAAGGAGAUGAUGGAAAAUGGCAGCUGGUCCACCGAACAGAGGUGGUGAAGAACAACCUGAGCCCCAGCUGGAAGAAGUUCUCCGUCCCGCUGCAGACGUUCUGCGGCAGCGAUCUGGAGAGACCUAUCAAGGUGGAUUGCUCGGACUACGACAACGACGGCUCGCACGACCUGAUCGGCUCGUUCACCACCAAAGUGUCGGAGCUUCAGAAAGCCGCUUCCUCGGGGGCGUUUGAUUGUAUUCAUCCGGACAAGCAGAAGAAGAAGAAGAACUACAAGAACUCGGGGGUGGUCUCCGUCAAGAGCUGCAAGUUAAGCACGCAGCACAGCUUCCUGGACUACGUGAUGGGCGGCUGCCAGAUCAACUUCACCGUGGGUAUCGACUUCACGGGCUCCAACGGGGACCCUCGCUCGCCCAACUCUCUGCACUACUUGAGUCCAGACGGGCUGAACCAGUACCUGUCUGCACUCUGGUCCGUGGGCCAGGUCGUCCAAGACUACGACACUGAUAAACUCUUCCCCGCGUUUGGUUUUGGAGCCAGACUUCCUCCCGACUACCAGGCCGCACAUCACGAGUUUGCGCUCAACUUUAACCCUAGCAACCCCUACUGUCAAGGCAUCCAGGGCAUCGUGGAAGCCUACAGGAUGGUCCUCCCCCAGCUCCGCCUCUCCGGGCCCACCAACUUCUCGCCCAUCAUCAACCACGUGGCCUCCAUCGCCUCGGGCGCCGCCCAGAGCGACAGCGCCUCGCAAUACUUUGUCCUCCUCAUCCUCACCGACGGCGAGAUCACCGACCUGGACCAGACGCGGGACGCUAUCGUGCGCGCCUCCCGCCUGCCGCUGUCCAUCAUCAUCGUGGGCGUGGGGCCGGCCGACUUCAAGGCCAUGGAGCUGCUGGACGGUGACGACGGCGUGCUCAGGUCCACAGUGGGCGAGGCCGUCGCCAGGGACAUCGUCCAGUUCGUCCCUUUCCUCAAGUUCAAAGACGCUCCUCAGGCGACGUUAGCAAAGUCGGUGCUGGCUGAGGUACCCACCCAGGUGGUCUCCUACUUCAAGAUGAGAGGCCUGCAGCCCCUCAAGGCACCCGCCAAAGCGUGA